UAACUGCGGUGGCGUAAUGUUACGCUCACGAGCCACUCUAUCGGUCGAUGCCAAGGUAAGAACUAGGCUUCCUUUCCUGGCACACCAAGUUUGCGGAAUUGGCCCGCUCCUUUCUAUGCAAGCCAUUCGCAUUAAUUAGUCUUGCUGGACGAGCCGGGCAUGCUUUGAGGUAUCACAUGCUUCAGUUAUGAAGAAACUUCGUCCUGACGAGCGGUUCUGGACUUCUUUUCCUAUGGCCAUCUCUUUCUGGAUGGCUACAAGAAGCAGAGAUUUAGGCACAUCUUUUUGCCAGUAACAAAACCAAUAUGAGUGAUCAAAAUUCAGUAUCCAGCCAUGAAUCUUUCAUAGGUUCCAUCGACCAAGGCACCACAAGUACAAGGUUUUUGAUCUUCAAUAGAGACGGUGAGCCUGUUGCUUCGCAUCAAGUUGAGUUUUCUCAGAUAUAUCCACAGUCGGGGUUUGUACUCUUGUCUAUUUUGACAGUAAUGUAGGCUAACCACAAAAGGUGGCACGAGCAUAAUCCUCUUGAAAUUAUUGACUCGAUAGAAGCCUGCAUCGAAGGCGCUGUCAAACAGUUCGAAGAAAAAGGCCACUCGGCGAGACAAAUCAAAGCCGUGGGACUCACGAAUCAACGAGAGACAACGGUUGUCUGGGACCACGUCACGGGAGAACCCCUUGCGAAUGCCAUUGUUUGGACAGAUACCAGAAACCAAGCCUUGGUCAGGAGAUUAAAAACCCGAGUUGGGUCUGAUCAACUGCAGCGCCUUUGUGGUCUUCCAUUAUCGACGUAUCCUUCUGUUGGCAAGCUUUUGUGGUUGAUUGAAAACAAUGGUAAAGUUACAGAUGCCUAUGCUCGUGGUCGUUUGGCGUUUGGAACUAUAGAUUCUUGGGUCGUUUACAACCUUAAUGGCGGCCCAAAGAAUAACGUAUUCGUCACUGAUCCCACGAACGCAUCUCGUUCAAUGUUCAUGAACUUACAGACUCUCCAGUAUGAUGAGCAGCUUCUGGAUUUCUUCCGACUUGAUGUGGAUAGACUUCAGUACGCUCCUUACAUAUUCUGACUGGAAGAACGCACUAACGUAGUAGUCUUCCUAAGAUUGUCCGCUCCUCAGACCGCGAAUCCUUCGGCACUCUUACAACGGGAAUUUUGAAAGGAGUUCCAAUUACGGGUGUAUUGGGCGAUCAAAGUGCAGCACUCGUGGGGCAGAAGGGUUUCACUCCAGGCAGGGCAAAAAACACGUACGGAACAGGCUGCUUUCUACUCUACCAUGUUGGUGAUGAGCCUGUAAUCUCUACGCAUGGGCUUUUAAGUACGGUCGCUUACGACUUUGACGGUAAACCACAAUAUGCUUUGGAAGGAAGUAUCGCGGUCGCAGGCUCCAGUAUCAAAUUUCUUCAAAACAAUCUUGCCUUCAUCGAUUCUCCAGCUAAGGUCAGUCAGCUUGCCGAGACGGUAGAGGAUAACGGUGGUGUCACUUUCGUGACAGCAUUCAGUGGGUUAUUCGCUCCGUACUGGUACGAUGACGCUCGCGGCACUCUUUGUAAGAUACAUUUCGACAUCUAACAAACCACAGUGCUGACAAAUUUGACAGUCGGUAUUACAGCGUAUACGCAAAAAGGUCAUAUCGCUCGUGCAACCUUGGAGGCAACGUGCUUCCAAACGAAAGCCAUCUUGGACGCAAUGGAAAAGGAUAGUGGAAAGAAACUUGCUGAGCUCGCCGUCGAUGGUGGCAUGAGCAACUCUGAUCUCUGUAUGCAAGUAAGCUCCAUCGCCAAAACCCUUUCAUCUUGGAUAAUGUCUAAAAAGAUUCAGACUCAAGCCGAUCUUAUUUCGAUCCCAGUUGAACGACCAAGAAUGUUGGAGACAACAGCAUUGGGUGCCGCUAUCGCUGCAGGAUUCGCCGUUGGGGUCUGGAAAACUUUCAACGAAUUGAAAAAUAUCAAUACUGUAGGUAAAACUGUAUUUCACCCCAAAAUUACCCAGGAAGAGAGCAAGGAGAAGUUUUCGCGAUGGUCAAAAGCAGUCGAAAUGUGUAAGGGUUGGCUAUAGAGGCAUUACUGUGAAAGACUUGUAGAGAGUAAAGAUGAGAAGUUGCCGAUGUUUGAUGUUGUACCUAGGUACAUAGAAACUAGUUCAUGUAGCGGUACCUUCAUACCUUAGAUAGGUAUCAGAUGUGGUCGUGGGGGACUUUUUG